AUCUUACUUUCGUAUUUGAUCUGAUUUUUAGUUGAUAGCAUUUACAGAGGCUGAGAAUUCUCAUGAGUGGGUUUGAUGACUAUGUGGCUAUCAUGGGAGAUUGGACUUCCCCAAUCACUAGUCCAAAAACUUUUUUCACAUCAAUGUAUAACUUUGACCCUUUGGCAAUAUCAACUGCUGAGUCUGAUAGUCAUAAUAGAAGUCAGACCCCUUUUACAGGGCCUGAAAUGCAGGUGGCUUCAAGAAAUAUAGAUGUAAAGGAUAAGACGCUAAAUAGUGUUGAGGGUGAUGAGACGAGCAAAUCAAAUGCACCAUCUGAGCCAAAUAUGAGCUCUCAAGGAAGUCUUAUGGAGAGGAUGAUAGCUAGAGCUGGUUUCAAUGCCCCAAGGUUGAAUAUAGAAAACAUCAGAUCGCCUGAUCAGAAUCCAGAAGUUCAGUCUCCUUAUUUGACAAUUCCUCCUGGUCUUAGCCCUGCAGCUCUGCUCGAUUCUCCUCUUUUCGUCUCUAAUUCACAGGUAAGCAUGGAGAUUAUUAAGUUCUUUUUCACUCUUGAUGAUUGGUUUGGUAAGGUGGACUUUAUUCGGUUAGACCGUGUUAGAGAAGAAAGCAGUGAAUAUGAGGAUAAACAGCCUGUCAAGAGGGCUGUUGCUCUCUACGAUUUCUUCCUUUCCACACUCAAAAUUAAGCAUGAUAUCACCUUCCAAAAUAUUUCUAUUUAUAGACCCCUGCGGAACAGUUCACACCAAAAUUUACUCAAGAACACCUUAUCCCUAUCCGAGAUGAUCGAAAGUGGAAUCUCAAACAAGGCUAUCUUAAAGAAGAAAGAGGUGUGUCGAAGGAACCCAACCAAGCAGAUCUCCACGGAGAGAACUGAGAUUGCCAUGCAACCAAACCAUCUCUUUUCCCGAAUACAGUUGCUACCGAUGGAAAUGGUUGCAACAACCCGGCCGGUGCUAAAGUGGAAUACUUAUGUUGUUGACAGAUCCCGCAAGCAGCUUCAUAGGCCUUUACAUCCUUUUUCAUCCCAAUCCAAUGGAAGCUGUAUGUUGCAAGAAAUGCUCGAAGCCAUCAAGGUCGUAGCAGUCCCCUUUCUAGAUAGAUCAUCCGCUGCCUUAUUCUCCAACCCUAGCUUUAAGCAAUGGGCCUCUGAUUCUGCAUUAAAACAGCCCCCAAGCCUUGUCCCAACACAUCUAUCUCAAUCACAAAGGGUUGCGAAAAAUCUGGAAGUGCCAACACUGGCUUCCAGAAAAUGCCGAAAAUACCCUGUCAAGCCAAGGAAACCUCGCAAUUCCUUUAGGGACUUUGGCCGAGGCCAAUCUUUCAUUGCCGCCACUUUAGAUGCAUUCGCCACUAUUCCCUUCUCCGAUAUCAUAUGCCCUAAAUGGACUUCAUCGGGGACUGAAAAGUGGCCAGUGCAUUCGUCAACCCAAAGGGGACUGUCACCUUGUUUAAUGCUUGAUAAUCCACGCAAAAUCUCCAGCUCCCAUCCUUCUUUCAAACAAAAAGCACAGGGCUUGAAAAAAGGACUUGUGCUUCGCUGUAUAAUUCCUGCAGCUAUAAUUUCUCUUACCAACUGCUCGAUUUCAGGAAGUGUGGGUACCUGUAAGGCCUCACACUUACUGACUGCUUGGAACUCCUCGAGAACUUCUGCAAUCAUUGUCGGCGGCUGCAGUGGAGAACAUUUAGGGCUAAUAGUGAUGGAUUCCAAUUCUAAUAAGAGCCCCUCCCCUUGUUCUUUAAAGGCCUUCUACAUUGUCUUCAACGAAACAGGAGUUUUAUUGAGGCUGGGAUCUCCUUGCAGCGUCUACCUUCGUUCUUGCCACAUCGAACAGGUAAGAAGUCCUCUUCCACCAAAAGCCCCGGCAGGUUCAGCGCCUCUCGACGACAUACAGUUAAACGAUUACCCAUUAUCACCCCGUAACUGGAUGUACUGGACAAGGCCCAUGGGUCUCAGUAAUUGGACCUCUGCCUUGAUACCUGGCUUAAGUCCAUUGAGGAAAGUACACUCCAUCACUUCCUCAGAGAUCUCUGCCAAUGACGAAGCAAGAGUCUCAAACCGACGACGGAAUUCCCUUACUGUGGAGUCCUGCCGGAGAGAUAGGAACUGGGCACACAAUGAUCCUUCCUGUGAGGGCCUGAAUCGCCUUAGAAGCCGUAUCUUCACGUCCUUCCAAGUUUUCAUAGGUCUGCGUUUUUCUUCCCAAUGGAACCACACUAGUGCCUCACCAUCGAAACAUACGGCAGCCGCUUCUGCCUUCUCUUCCUUCGACGAACAAUUUAUGCUAAAGUACCUCUCCACCCUAAAUACCCAGCCAUCCGGAUCGACUCCUUCAAACACGGGCAUAUCCAGUCGCUCGUGCAUCAUUUUAGAAUAUCUAGACACAGUAGUUGUGGUGUGUGAGAAGUUCAUAUGGGUUGUAAGCUAUCAAAAAUGGGAAAGAAAAUUUUGUGGUGCUUUUGUGCAGAUUCUUCCAUCUCCUACAACAGGAAAAUUUUCUGUCUCCCCAAGUGGAAAAAAUCAGAACUGGGCAUUGAUGACUGAUGAUCCUGACAAGUCCAAGGAGAAUAUUUCUGAAGAUGCCAAUGCCUCAUCAUUUGCAUACCAACCUGUUACAGGAAUCUCUGCAAGUAAAUUUCUCUGUUGCUUAUUGCUUUCAUUUGAACAGGCAAGUCCAUGUCAACAGCCAUUUCCUAGUAAUGAAGUUUCUGCUCAUUCCAUAAACUGGCUUCAGCCUGAAAGUAUGGAACCUCAGAAUGUCCACUCUGGAAGCAACAGUACAUUUUCUCCGCAGAUAAAUUUCUCUAAAUUAUCUGCUGAGAACAUAGACAGCAGUCUCUCUUCAGAUCCAAGGACUCGCAAUCCUGUUGGCUUUGCAGAGCAUUCUUCGCCUCUCUAUGUACCACAGAAGGCAAAUGCAGAUCAAAGAAGCAGUGACCCUGCUGAAGAUGGUUAUAAUUGGAGGAAAUAUGGGCAGAAACAAGUAAAAAGUGGCGAGUAUCCUCGAAGUUAUUUUAAGUGCACUCAUUUGAAUUGUUCUGUCAAGAAGAAAGUGGAGCGGUCUCACGAGGGUAAUGUUAUAGGGAUAAUAUACAAGGGAGCUCACAACCACCCAAAACCUCCAUCCAAUAUCAAAUCAACACUUGGGUCCUCAAGUGCAAUUGGCGACGCAACUGAGUCCCCCAUGACUGUUGCUGAAGGUGAUCAAAUUUUGUCGACCGUGCUAAAAUCAGGAGCCUCUGAUUGGAGCCAGGACAAUCUUGAGCCAAAAUCAUCAGCAUCAGUGAGCAACGAAUGCAGCAAUGGAGAUCUCUCUUUGCAGGCUCACAGUGGGACCCAGAUUGAAUCGGGUGAGGGUGUGGAUGGGUCUUCUACUUUCUCAAAUAAUGAAAAUGAGGUUGGAACUCAUGACAGUGUGUCAUUAGGCAAUGAUGUUGAUGGAGAUGAAUUAGAAUCAAAGAGAAGGAGAAUUAAGACUUCGGAUAUGAGCAGGGCAACCAUUGGUAUCAGGGAGCCUAAAGUUGUGGUGCAAACAAUCAGCGAGGUGGACAUCCUUGACGAUGGGUAUCGUUGGCGCAAAUAUGGACAGAAAGUUGUGAAAGGAAAUCCAAAUCCAAGAAGUUACUACAAAUGCACAAGUCCAGGCUGCAACGUAAGGAAGCACGUCGAGAGGGCUUCACAUGACCUGAUGUCCGUGAUAACCACGUAUGAGGGAAAGCACAACCAUGUUGUUCCUGAAGCUCGCAACAGCAGUCAUUUUAAUUAUGGGACCCUAACUCCUGCUGCUGCUUCAAGUCUUUUUCAGAGGGCCGAGGCUUCUCAACUUCACAACAGCAUGGCACGCUUCAAAAGGCCUUCUUCACUUGGCUUAUUUGGUCUUCCAGGGAAAUCAGAACUAAGGACAACUCCUGGUUUUGGUUUUGGAAUGAAUCAGCCAAACCUAGUCAAUCUGCCAAUGGCUGAACUGGUACCUAGCCAGGGCCAGUUACCUGUAUUGCAGGUUCGUCCAUAUUUUGGAAAGUUGCACCCAACGAAAGACGCUGGUUUCGUGCUGCCAAAAGGAGAACCAAAACCAGGGAAUGUGCCUGAUUCUAAAUCAGACGCCUCUAAUAGCUCAUCGGUUUACCGUCAGAUUAUGAGUCGAUGGUCGUGUGGACCACCAAAUAUGUAACUUUUUAAAGUAUUUGUCUAAACAGGUAGAGUAGAGUAGUGAUACUGAUUUAUGUCUAAACAGGUAUUUUAGUGGGACGUCUUAUUGUUCAC